GCCGUUUACAUUAAACUUCAGAAACUUCAGAGAGAAAGAAAUUCAAAACCUAGAAAACUAAAACAAUCGUAUCUCUCUGUGUUAACACUCCAAUCUCUACCAAAGUUAUGUAAAAAAAAACCCCAAAUUUUCGUUCUUCAUCACUAGAACUGAGUUCAUGUACAAAAACCCCAAAAUUUCUUGGUGAAAUUUGUAUUACAAUUUUGGGUUUUCUAAUUUGGUGUGAAGAAAAUAAGAAGAACAAUUUCAGAAUCUUAAUCACGAGGUGAUUUUUGUUUUUCAGAUAAGUUUAUAAAAGGUUGUUGUUGUUGUUAUGGAUAGACAAUGAUUAGAACACCUCUGAAAUCGGCGUCAAAGGGAGUACGAACCCCUGCGAGGACCCCAGGAACCCCAGGAGCACCAAAAGUUCGCGAGGAGAACAUAUUUGUGACAGUAAGAGUUAGACCUUUGAGCAUAAGAGAACAAGCCUCAAACGAUCAAGUUGCUUGGAAGUGUAGUGAUGAGCAUACCAUUUUAUCUAAGAAUUUAAACAACGAACGGUCUACGGUGCCUUACAUCUUUGAUCGUGUAUUUGAUAUGAAUUGCUUAACUCAGAGAGUUUAUGAGGAAGGUGCUAAGGAUGUUGCGUUGUCUCCUCUUACUGGAGUUAAUGCAACGAUAUUUGCAUAUGGGCAAACCAGUAGUGGUAAGACGUUUACCAUGAAGGGGAUUACUGAAAGUGCUGUCAAGGACAUAGACGAUCACAUUAGAAACUCUCCAGAAAGAGAUUUUGUACUAAAGAUUUCUGGCAUGGAGAUCUAUAACGAGACGGUCAUGGACUUGUUGAAUCGAGACUCUGGCCCCCUUCGCCUUCUGGACGAUCCGGAGAAAGGGACAAUUGUUGAAAAGCUGGUUGAAGAAAUAGCGAAGGACAGUAAUCAUCUGAGGAGUUUAAUAAACAUUUGUGAAGCUCAAAGACAAGUAGGAGAAACUGCCUUAAACGACACAAGCUCAAGGUCACAUCAGAUUAUAAGGCUGACCAUAGAGAGUUGUCUCCGCGAAAACUCGACCCCUGUAAAGUCAUUUGUAACAAGCCUGAAUCUUGUGGACCUUGCAGGAAGUGAGCGUGCAGCUCAAACAAAAACGGAUGGGACAAGACUGAAAGAAGGGUCUCAUAUCAACCGCAGCCUUCUUACUCUAAUGACAGUGAUAAGAAAACUCAGUGCUGGAGGAAGGAUGGGUCAUAUACCGUACCGAGAUUCUAAGCUUACCCGAAUAUUGCAACCUUCACUUGGGGGCAAUUCUCGAACUGCCAUUAUAUGUACCAUGAGUCCUGCCUUGAGUCAUCUGGAGCAAUCACGAAACACUCUUUCAUUUGCUAGUAGUGCAAAGGAAGUAAAAAAUACUGCUCAAGUGAAUAUGGUUGUUUCGGAGAAGCAACUAUUGAAGAAUUUGCAGAAUAAAGUUGCUUUGCUUGAAGCAGAACUGCAUUCUCCAGAACCUCCUUCAUCAUCUUUGAAGUCCUUAUUGGUAGACAGGGAGAUGAAAAUCCAAAAGAUGAUGAUAGAAAUGGAAGAAUUGAAGCGUGAGAGAGAUCAAGCACAGUCAGAACUUGAAUUAGAAAGGAAAAUGCAGAAAAAUAAAAGGGGUUCUCCUCGUCACGUGGUCAGGAGUCUUGCAUUUCCCACUGAAGAUGAGUCAAUAUCAGAUGAUCAUAUUUCAUUGAGUGGAAAGAGAAGAAAACUGGCAAGGAAUACAAUGAUGAGGCGGUCAACUGCAGAUCCUUCCAUGCUUGUGCAUGAAAUAAGAAAGCUUGAGAAGCGACAGAAACAGCUUGGUGAAGAAGCAAACCGAGCUCUAGAGGUUCUGCACAAGGAGGUCUCGUCUCAAAAAUUGGGAAGCCAGGACGCUGCAGAAACCAUUGCGAAACUUCUUUCAGAGAUUAAGGAGAUGAAUUUUGCUAGUUCAAUUUCAGAUGACAUCAAAGUGGGAGGGAAAACUAGCCUGAAAGAAGAGAUCUCUCGUUUGAACUCGGAGGGAGUCACUAUUGCCACUUUAGAAAAACAACUUGAGAAUGCGCAAAAUUCGAUAGACAAGUUGAUGCUGUCUCUUCCGUGUAAGGAGAAAUUGGGUCCCUCUCCUUUAAGGAACAGCACUAACAGGUCACAUAUGUUACGCUCACCUUGCUCACCUUUGUCCUCUUAUCGGGAUGUAAGGGAGUCUGAGCAGGAAAACCAAUCUCCCCAAAUUGUGAAUGCCGUGCACCGUGCUCAUACACCGAUAGAACCUUGUAAAGAGACACCGAAGAAAGAAGACUACAGGGGUAACUCAUCAAGGGAAAGUACAGCGGGCUCAAGGCGUAAAAAUUCUGUAAAUGUGAAAAGAAUGCAAGAGAUGUUCAAGAAUGCAGCCGAAGAAAACAUACGGAGCAUCAGAACUUAUGUUACUGAACUGAAAGAAAGGGUUGCAAAGCUUCAGUACCAAAAGCAACUUCUUGUUUGCCAGGUAUUGGAGCUUGAAGAAAAUGAAACUUCAGCAUCCGAAUCAGGUUUAUCAGCUCAGUCUCCAAUGUCAUGGAGGCUUGUUUUCGAGGAACAAAGGGAACAGAUUAUCAUGUUAUGGCACCUCUGCCAUGUUUCCAUAGUUCAUCGGACGCAAUUCUACUUGCUAUUCAGAGGUGACCCAGAUGAUCAAAUGUAUAUGGAAGUUGAGCUUCGAAGAUUAACAUGGUUGGAGCAGAAAUUGGCAGAGGUAGGCAAUGCAAGCCCGGCUCUUUUAGGAGAUGAACCAGCCAGCUCUGUAUCCUCAAGUAUCAGAGCACUCAAGCAAGAGAGAGAACAACUGGCAAAGAGGGCGACAUCGAGACUAACAGCACAGGAACUCGAAAUGCUCUACAUAAAAUGGGAUGUCCCAGCAGGUGGGAAACAGAGGAGGCUCCAGCUAGUCAAUAAGUUGUGGACAGACCCACAUAACAUGCAACACAUCAAAGAUAGUGCUGAAGUUGUCGCGAAACUUGUUGGAUUUUGUGAAUCUGGAGAACAGAUUACAAAGGAGAUGUUUGAGCUCAACUUCGCUUUACCUUCUGAUAAGAAGCCAUGGAUGGGCUGGAACCUGAUCUCAAACUUACUUCAACAUUUGUAAAGAAAAUGGUUUUCAUUGCCUUUACAAAUUCUUUUUGUAACAAUCUCUUGUUGAAUGAAUGUGUUGUAGAGAUUAGAAAAUUGAAGCUCACUGUUGCGCACCUUGUACUGACCUGACCGUGUAUAAAAAAAAA